UCUCUUGCCACUGCUCGGAGAAGCUAUCUUCAAGAUAACCAUCUCUUCUUUUUCUUUCUGGUCAAAGUUAUCAGGGAGCCAUGAGUAACGUAUUAGGCCUUGACAUAUCUAUGUCUUCCAAAACCUCCCUAUUGGACAAUGCUCUUUUCUCCUCUAAACUAAGGUUCUUCCCCAUCUCUUCUACUUCUCUUCUUGCACCCAUUAAGCUCGUCGGACCAAGAGACAGCAAAGGAAGAAGAAGAAAUCACAGCUUCAACCCUAAAAUCAUACACUCCAGGUUCAGAACCUAUCCUCCAGCAAGCAGCGCUGGCACUGCCCAAGUAGAGGUUGAAGUUGCAGAAGGGUACACUAUUACUCAAUUUUGUGAUAAGAUGAUUGAUGUUUUCAUGAACGAGAGACCCCAAACGAAGGACUGGAGGAAGCUUUUGGUAUUCAGGGAGGAAUGGAAAAAGUACAGGGAAAGCUUCUAUUAUCGGUGUCAGGCACGGGCUGAUUCUGAGAAUGAUCCAGAUAUGAAACAAAGACUGAUGGUACUACGGAGAAAGGUGAAGAAGAUUGAUGAUGAAAUGGAAAAACACACUAAUCUUCUCAAAGAGGUAGAGGAAAACCCAACAGACGUUAAUGCAGUUGUAGCAAGAAGGCGCAAAGACUUUACUGGAGAGUUUUUCCGUCACCUCACUCUACUGUCAGAGACCUAUGACAGCCUCGAAGACCGUGAUGCAAUGUCUAGACUUGGAGCCAGAUGUCUGUCUGCAGUUUGUGCAUAUGAUAACACAAUGGAGAAUGUGGAGAUGUUACAAGCUGCUCAAGCAAAGUUUGAUGAUAUACUCAACUCUCCUUCAUUGGAUGUGGCAUGUGAAAAGAUCAAAAGCCUGGCCAAGGCAAAAGAGCUUGAUUCUUCUUUGAUCCUACUGAUAAAUAGUGCUUGGGCUUCAGCAAAAGAAUCUACGACCAUGAAAAAUGAGGUCAAAGAGAUUAUGUAUCACAUAUAUAAAACCACAAAGAGCAGCCUUAAAAGCAUUGCACCAAAGGAGAUAAAGCUACUCAAACAUCUGCUGAACAUCAUAGAUCCUGAAGAGCGAUUUUCAGCAUUGGCUUCUGCUUUCUCUCCUGGAGGUGAACAUGAAGCUAAGGAUCCCACUGCUCUAUACACUACUCCCAAGGAACUACAUAAAUGGAUUAAAAUCAUGCUCGAUGCAUAUCACUUGAAUAAAGAAGAUUCUGACAUUAGGGAGGCUAGGCAGAUGACUCAACCAGUUGUUAUCCAGAGACUUUUCAUCCUCAAGGAAACUAUCGAAGAGGAGUACUUGAGCCGAAGCUCAGAGACAAAAGAAGAAACUGAACCAAAGGAGUUCUGAGAUGUUGCGCUUCCUCUCUCCUGUUUGUAAACUAUUGGCAAGAGUAAUCCUCUGGAGACAGUUCAUAUGAAGUUCCAUAAAUGUGGUUAUUUGGUUUGGAACUCAUCUGUCAAGAAACUUUUGUGCUUCUUCUACUCUGUCUUCAGUUUGUUGCAGAGGAGAGAAGAAAUUGUUAGGGAGAUCGAAGUAUGUUAUGUAGGCGAAAAGAAAAGGACAAAUUGUAGUUUUUGACAUAAAGAGUAAAGAGAUCAGUCGAUCCCUACUUCUAGUAAGUUCACAUUAUACCCCCAUAUCCAGUUUGGAAGUGGAUCUUCAUGGCGAAGAAGAAAUUAAUGGCAUGAAACCUUGAAGGAGAAUAAGGAAAGCACAAACUUCAGAAACUUAGAUUUGAUGUUUAUUAUUAGUUUUAGAUUAAUGCAGGAUAUCAGACUUGUUACAUGAGAAUUAAAUGUAAAAAGCACAUUCACAUUCUGUUGUAAUUUCUUCUGUCAAUAUAUAAACCCUUGAUCUUUAGUUGGGCAUA